UCCUGACUACCCAUAGUUCAUAUUUAUCCUCUCUAGUGGACAUAUCUUUACUAAAAUAUUUCCAAUCCCCUGCACAUUACCUAACCAACUCCUUCUGUGGUUUAACGAGGACAUUUAGAGCUUUCAAAUGACACCAAAUUUAUAAGGGUGGAGCUUUGAAAAGACCCUCCUCCUUUUCAAGGAAAAUGGCUGCUAUCAACCACAUUUUAUGGAAAAAAGAACAAUUCAACCCCCAACUGGAUGAUCUUCCAAUUAUUCUAAGCAGUGAUGCCACAACACGCCAAAACUGGACCCCACUUUGUUAUUUUGAACAGUACAUUGAUGACUUUGUCUUUGAAAAAAUGGCUAUGUGCACAAACCAACGUGAAGUCCUUCAUUCUGGAACAUCACUAAACACUACCCCUGAAGAGUUGAAGACUUUCUUUGGGUGCUCCAUCUACAUGGCCUGUUUGGGUUAUCCAAACAUUCAAAUGUAUUGGGCUUCGAAGACCAGAGUUCAAAUAGUAGCAGAAUCCAUGACCAGAAAUCGGUUCUACAAACUUAGGAGUUCCAUUACGCUUGUCAUUGAUCUUGAUGUGUCUGAGGAGGAAAAAGAAAGAGCCAUUUUGUGGAAGGUCAGGCCAGUUUUGGAGAAAGUGAGGCAGGGAUGUCUGAGACAGCCUAGAACAGGCAAAAUGUCGAUUGAUGAGCAAAUGAUCCCAUUUACUGGCCGCUGUCCAAUUCGCCAACAUGUACCAGGAAAACCACAUACAACUGGCUUGAAGGUGUUUGUUCUGGCUACACCAAGCGGGAUUAUUUUAGACUUUAUUGUCUACCAGGGGAAGACCACUUUCAAUGUCACUGCAGAAGAGGGCAUUGGAGAACAAGCAGUUCUUCAUUUGGCUUGGAGUCUGUUCCCAGAGGUUCUCACCUGUCCUUUGACAGGUACUUCACUACAGUCAAACUUUUGGACAUCCUGGCAGAGAAAGGGCUUGCAGGCACUGGGACUAUAA